GAGAUGUUCACCAUGAGUCUACGCAACAACUGAUGCAGAGUUGUGAUCCCGAAAGCCAUGAGAGUUGAUGGCACUUGGUUCCGGACUAUUUGGCUUAAGGAUGAGUCAACUGUGCAGAUUAUCGAUCAGAGGCACUUGCCUCAUGACUUCGUGGUGGAGGACAUUCGAUCUGUGGAAGAGAUGUGCAUGGCCAUCAAGGACAUGCAUUUGAGAGGUGCUGGCUUGAUAGGCUGUGCUGCUGCAUAUGGCAUGUACCUGGCGUGUCUUCGGUCGCUGCCGUGCACCAAAGCGGAGGCGAAAGAGCACUUGGCCAUCUGUGCCCAACGUCUACUGGCCACGCGGCCCACGGCGGUGAAUCUCCGCGUAGGCGUGGAACGAGUGCAAGCCGUGCUGGACAAGCUUCUGGGCGGAUCUGAGGUGGAUCGUGAGGCAUUGCAGCUGGCUGCAAGAGAGGAGGCCAAGAAAGUCACUGACGAGGAUGCGAGCUUCUGCGAGCACAUCGGCGAAGCUGGGGCCAAGAUCCUUGAGGAAAUUCACAGGAAGAAAGCAAAGCUAGCAGAACCUGUGAAUGUCUUGACGCACUGCAACGCCGGCUGGCUGGCCUUCGCCGAUUGGGGUUCCGCUUUAUCACCAGUCUAUGUGGCGCACAACCGUGGGCUGCCAAUCCACGUUUGGGUGGAUGAGACACGUCCGCGGAACCAGGGAGCUUCCUUGACCGCUUGGGAGUUGGCGAAGCAUGGCGUGCCACACACCGUGAUUGCCGACAAUGCCGGUGGACACCUCAUGAGGAGGGGUUUGGUGGAUGUGGUGAUCACCGGUGCAGAUCGCGUCACUCGGCAAGGGGACGCCUGCAACAAGAUCGGCACCUACCUGAAGGCGCUGGCGGCCAAGGACAACGAGAUCCCGUUCUAUGUUGCUUUGCCCUCCAGCACCAUCGAUUGGCAGAUGAAGGAUGGUGCGGAGAUCCCCAUCGAACAGCGGGGAGACGAGGAGGUGAAAUACGCUGAGGGCCUGGGCGAGGAUGGCAAGCGCCGCAAGGUCCUUCUGACGCCUGCAGCCAGUCCUGCUGGCAACUGGGCGUUUGAUGUCACACCCGCGCGCUUGCUCACCGGCUUGAUCACCGAACGAGGCCUGGCCGACAGCUCCGAGGAGGGGCUUCGGAAGCUUUUCCCCGAGGUGAAACUUGCCUAAGAUCUUCUCCUCGUUGGAACCGUGCGCACGCUGCGCACGCUGCGCACGCUGCGCACGCUGCGCACGCUGCGCGCGCGGCGCCGGACGGUUUUAUCCCUGAUGAUUUGACGAAGAAAAGGUCCGGUGUGUGUGUGUGUGUGUGGCUUUGAGCGUGAAC